AUGGCGGACCCUACGAUCAAGCCGGACCCUGAUGCGCCAGGCGCGUCACCAGGAGUUUUUACCGACGACGAUAUCUACGAAGACGCGGGGGAUCUCGAGUUCAACACUGACCCAAACUUCCAGAGGCUGUAUCUCGCUCGUGUCCCGCGGUAUGUCUGGGAAGCGUGGUCAAAACUCGACGAGGAUGCAGAGAUUCGGAUUGGAACCAUCAGGCAAGUCCAAGAGACUGGGCCCGAUGGCCAACCAAAGACAUCGCUUUCAAUGCUAUUAUCUUCCGAGGUCGGCGUGCACCAAACAAUCCCGAAAGAAUAUAUGUUAGACGUGACGGCUGAAUCAGUGAACAACACAUUCGUCUUUACGGAACAGGACCUGCCUGGAUUCAAGUCGAAAUCCAGACAGAAAUUCGAUCUUAGUAGCGCCAACAUGCCUGCCAGGCUCACUCGCCCAAGGAUCGAGAAGACGAAGCAACCAUGGGACCCCAACAAAAAGUUCACACCAUAUUUCAAAAAAGCGAUACCAAAACGAACAACCCUUGCCGGUAGAGUAGCGCAUGAAGUAAACAGUGUACCAGUGGAGAAUGAAGAGUCUCAACGACUCCUGGCAAUGAAGACAAGGGAGGCCAUGAAGCCCAAGUUCUUUACUAAGUUCGUUGACGAAGAUCUUUCCGACAAUCGCGCGGGCUUUAUCCAGCCUGGCACAGUUGCAGGAAUGAAUGCCUUUGGUGGUUUCAUUAAAACCAAAGGGCCCACUGCUGGCAACAGGCCACAGCUUAGCAAGGCUGCUCGUAUGCCUCAAAAUGAACUUCUGGAUAGGAUCUUCGAAUGCUUCAGGCGGUAUAACUACUGGUCCAUGAAAGCUCUACGCGCCGAACUCCAACAACCCGAGGCAUAUCUUCGGGAAACAUUAGAGAAGGUUGCAGUUCUAGCAAAGAGUGGACGCUUCGCCACACAAUGGUCGUUGAAGCCCGAGAAUAAACUAGCGAACUACGAGGGGAGCGUGGAUGCGGCUGCUCCCACUAACGAAGAAGAAUCGGAUACGGGCAUGGACGAUGAUGAGGAUGAUGAGGACGUUAAAUUUGAAGACGUGGUCCCAUCAUAG